GCCGAUUGACGUGCCCGGGUGUGUGCGGCAUUUAUUAUUUUCAUUUGUUUUUGUUUUCGUGUGUUGUUGUUGUAAUCAAUUUGAUUACGAAACCAGAGAUAUUUUUGCGCUUAAGAGUAACUAUGAUACAAAUGUUCAACGACUAGUAGUGUCACCACUCCGAAGCGAAAUCUUGCCAACGUGUCAGCCUCGACAGCCUUGAAUCUCCCCGAAUGCAUCAACCACCGCCACUUGCUUCUCAUCAUCAGCAGCAGCGAAGACAAUCUCACGUCCAGCAGACAGCAGACCCGUUAUCUCAAUUAAGCAUCUCCAGCUGAUAUUGCGCCUCACUGAGAGCCAUAGCUCUAGUUGCGGUAGUCUUUCUUCGCAGUUCAGUCUCGACACUUCAAUUAGUUACGAGUUAGGCCAUGUGAUUUAUCACCACCAUGAGCGAUGAAGGGGUUGAGGUGCCGCUUCGCGUCGAGCGAUGGUACCACAAGAUCACCGUGGAACCGUCGAUGUUCCUGUACAUGAUGGCCUUCAUACUGACGUCGGUGGUCGAGCAGGUGUUCUUCCUGUACAAGGCCUGCACGGUAAACCACGGCUAUUCUCACGAUGUCUGCAUAAACAUCGAGAACUACCAGGAUAUUAAGAAGGAGGUACAAAUUACGACGUCCACCUUUCACAUGUGGAACAACAUUGCGAUGUACCUCGUUCCGAUCGUGUUGGCGUUGUUCUUGGGGGCAUGGUCUGAUCGACGAGGUCGUAAGCUCCCAUUGAUCCUGGGGUUGAUCGGGAAGCUGGUGUACUCGGUGAUGAUCGUGGUCAAUACUCGAAUGGACUCGUGGCCCGUGGAGUACAUCAUCUACACGGCAACGAUUCCAAGUGUCCUGACCGGAGCGGACAUUGCCAUCUUCGCAUCGUGCUUUGCCUACAUAUCGGACAUUACAACCGUGGCGGAUCGGACCAUGCGGAUCACCAUCCUGGAUGCAACCUAUCUCAGCACGAUGCCCAUCGGUGUCGCCAUCGGCACUUUGAUCUACAACCGUACUGCCAAAUCCUUCACGAUCAUGUUUGCGAUCAAUGCCUCACUUCUACUCCUCUCCAUAAUCUAUUCCAUCGCGCGAUUGAAAUCUCGUACCACGGAUCGCCAAGUCUCAAUCCUGGAACUCCCGUGGUACCGAAUGCCGGGAGACUUCUUCGAUCGCAACCACGUCGUCACAUCGUUGAGGACGUUCUUCAAGAAGCGCACCAUGAACCGAAGGAUCUACCUGUACAUCCUGAUGGUCGCCAUGUCCUUCUACACAUUCCAACGCGACGAAAAGCCCAAAAUGUACCUGUACACCCAACUCAAGUUCAACUGGAACGCCGACCUAUACAGCUACUUUAAGACGUACCAAUCGGCUGCCUACGUGGUGAUGAUGUUCUUGGGGGUGCCCUUCUUUACCAAGGUCCUCCACAUGAAGGAUACGUUUAUCAUCAUGAUCGGUGCGACGGCCCAUGCUACGGCGCGAUUCGUCUACAUCUUCGCCGAAGUGGAUUGGUUGCUGUACAUCGGUGCGACCAUAUCGAGUCUGGGUCCCGUGGUGGCUCCGGUGCUCCGAUCGAUGAUCUCGAAAAUGAUUCCCACCACCGAGCGGGGCAUCAUCUUCUCGUUCCUGUCCGUUUUCGACAAUGCCGUCCCUCUGGUCAGUGGCGUUCUGUACACGCAGAUCUACAAUGCGUCCAUCGACACCUUCCCACAGGCGUUCUUCCUGCUGACCAUGGGAACCCAAGCCGUGGUGUUCCUGCUAACGAUGGCUGUUCACAUCUCCUUGCGAGGGCAAACGUUCGAGGACGGCACCACCGAGAACCGGAAUGGGCUGAUUGAGGACGAAAAGUUGCCGGUGAACGUCGGGACGGUUGCCGCGGUGGAGGGCAACGAACAAAGCUAGAUUAAAAAAUUAAGUAAGACUCUCAGCGUGGAUGGAAGGCAUCAAAAGACUUAGAUGAUAAGUAAUGUACGAAUUUAAAGAUAUCUGAGCUAGUAGCUUCAGAUCAAAAUGGUAUUCUGGAUUUUUAUUAUUUGAAACCAGGGCCACUCAUCUCUGCUUU